UUUUCAUGUGUUGUAUUUAACAAAUCUAUUUCAUUUACUUUAAGUAGUCUAUCCCCCAUAAAAAGUUUUCCACACCGUCCAGCCGGGGAAUCGGCAAUAACUGAUUUGAUAAAAAUGCCAGAAACGGUACUAGACAAUGCUGGGGAAGAAGAGCCGAGAGUCGAAGUAGUAGCCAUUUCAAUACCUUUUUGGCUAACUUCUACACGACCUCCAACAAUGCUAAUACCUAAAAAAAGUUUUGAAUUCAAGCUCAUUUUCAGGUUUAUUUUUGUAUUUUUAAGUUCAUGCUUAUUUUUAAGUUUAUUUUUGUGUUUUUAAGUUCAAGCUUAUUUUUAAGUUUAAUUUUGUGUUUUUAAGUUAAAGAUUAUUUUCAAGUUUAUUUUUGUAUUUUUAAGUUCAAGCUCAUUUUCAGGUUUAUUUUUGUAUUUUUAAGUUCAUGCUUAUUUUUAAGUUUAAUUUUGUGUUUUUAAGUUCAAGCUCAUUUUUAAUUUAUUUUUGUAUUUCCAAGUUCAUGCUCAUUUUCAAGUUUAUUUUUGUGUUUUUAAGUUCAUGCUCAUUUACAAGUUUAUUUUUGUGUUU